AUGGAAACAACACACUCUACAUACACGUCAGACGCCAUGGUUGAGAAUCUGCCACCGGAGGUACGGCAUGAACUCCUCACUACGCUUGACCUCUCCUCUCUGCGCAACGUGGUCCACGCUUCUCCAGUCUUUUACCGCCAGUAUGUCCUGGAGCGUCGCUCUAUCCUAUCCCUGUGUCUAGAAAGAACUCUUGGGAGGACUGUCCUGGAUGCAUAUUGGGUUUACCAAACUGCCAGGUCAUCCAAGUUUCCCAGUAUUACGAAUGACGAAACUAUCUCCAACUUCAGUCAGGCCUACAUGCAUCAACCGGCGUCCGGUUCCUACUCAAUCCUCAGGAAGAGUGUCACCGAGAACCUAGCUGUCGGGAUCGCCGCAUUCCAUUAUUCUACUGUCGAACCCAUCAUGCAGCUCUACAUUCGACAUGUCCUAGAGGUCCUAGAUGAGCAGACGGGCGGGAUUGUCGGUCAAGAACCACUAAGCCAGGUCGAACAGGCUCGAUUGAUCAGAGGACUUUACCGAUUUCAACUGUGUUGCAAUUUGUUCACCAUGGCAAACCUUCCAGAAUCAUCUACUUUGAGCAGGAACGGGCGAACGAUGCGUAUCCUGACCGACUACAUCAGUCUGCUUGAGCCAUGGGAGAUUGAAGAGAUGGGGUGCAUUUACUCGUUUGCCAACGAACGGUUUGAGCGCGUAUUUGAGGCUGUUUGGUGGUGCACCGCUGGAGAUGGUGCAAAAACAAGGCCACGAAAGGUACCGGAUCCAGAAGACGGUUAUGAUCUGGGCGAUACUGCAAUUAGGACCGCCCUCUUGAAGAGCACUAUUUCACAAGGUCUUCCCAUCCUUCACACUAUCUUGACCAGGGAUGAUGAGUAUCUCUCCGUCCUUAUUGGGAGCUCAGUUGUUUGGUUUGGGGGAUCAUUUCUUGAAGACGCAAUCCUGAGCAAGGCUGCUCAGAAGAGGCGGCAUCGAGAGGAUGCUGCGUCGCGCGACGAUAACCAGAAGCGACGGGAUCAUAUACCUUUUCUAGGGGACAAAGAGUUAUGUCCUCCGUUGGCAUGGACGAUGCUAUGGAACGAGUCCUAUAGCAAGCUGUAUGGAGACUAUAUCCCAGAUGAGAUCCGACAUUGGGGAUAUGUGAUGUGGGAUGCAGCGCGGUUGGAGACAGUGGGGGCAGCACGUCUUCUCGAAAGACUGUGGGAAGAAACGUGGGCAGACCACGAUCCAAGGGAUGAAAUGCUAGAUUAA